AUGAGUGGAUGCAUAAAACUCUUACGAGAAAUUGUAAAUAAUGUUCCGAAUAGCGGUUGCAAAACGGCAGCUGAGCACGUAUUAUCAAGCAUCACCUAUCUUUUCCGUUGGACUAUACCGAUUGUUCGACCUGCUGGUGCCUCAUUUUUCCAACAAACACAUUUUUAUACAAUGUACGAAACAUUUGCUUAUGAAUGGACAAUCAACUUCAUAGGAUCACCACAGUGGCCAGAAAUGAAGACAGUGUGGAGAUUAUUUCUUGAUCACUGCAAAGUAUUUACCCAACCGACUCCAUUAGCAAUAGCAUUUAAAUUGCAGUUAAUGAAAGGUGAAGAAUGCUCACCACAAAUUGCAUCAGUGCCGAAUAAAUAUCAUUCAACAUUUUAUUCCAACGGAAAUUACCGUCUUUUUGAGGGGGAUCCGCUACUUACUUCACUCACAGAAGCCUUCAGUAUACAUUCACGAUGGCAAGGUGGUCAUGCAAUGCUUACUGUUGAAAUGAGUUUUGCGGCUAGCGAUUUUCAAAUACAAUUGAAUAAAAGUUUACCGGUACAAUCAUUACUGAAAGAUGGCGAUUUUCGCAAGAAGCUUAAAGAUAUUUACGAAAAUGUUGGACCAGAUUUCAUAUUCAAAACAUUGGAUGGCGAAAUUCAGUCAUAUAAAAGUUUAUUGUAUAUAUCGUCACCAUAUUUCCGCGAUUUGUUGAACUCCGAUAAUAUUACAUUAAAUCAAAUCACCCUCAAUUAUAAUCGUGAAGCUGUUCUACAGACCUUGUCAUAUAUGAUCUUUGGUGUAUUCGAGUCAUCCGAAAUAGUAGAUCCGGAGGUGAUACCACAAAUGCUGAAAUGUGCCAAACAAUUCCAAUUGCGAAUGACCCAAUUUGAUGAUGAUAUUGGACGAGUUUUAGUAUUUCAACUUUUAAAUAAUUUGGAUAAUUUGGAUAAAAUAAUCAAAAUUUUAUUGUUAACACACCGACAACAGUCGUAUUAUCAGGUGAAGCGAAUGUGUAUUGCGAUCAUUGUUGAAAAACAUUAUCGAAGAUUUGUGCAAGAAUAUAAUAGUGAUGCAGUUGGUGAAAAGUUGGAUAUUUUUGAACGCUUAUCAUCAGCAGUUGUGCCCAGUUUAUCACCGAUUAAUCGUAUACAUAGUAUAUAUCGAGGUAGUAUGGCAUGUCAACGAAUAUUACAUUAUAAAAAACUUGGCAGGAAAUAA